UGCGCCCUCGAACAGACGACAAUUGUGAAAGCCACACCAAUUUGUAAAGUGAAUAAAAUAAGCAAAAAUAAAAGUGCAUUCGAGUAUCAAAGAACUAGUGAAUAAAUAAGAAAUUAAUUAAAUAAAAUCGAUAAACAAAUAAACAACUGAAUUAGUAAUUAAAUUAAAGAUCACAAUUAAAUUAUAGAUCUCAGCUUACUCCAAAAAUUAGCAUAAAUCAUGUCCGAGGAUAGUAUGGAUGGCCAUCUCAGCAGCUCUUCUUCAAGUCCCGAAAAACGUCGCUCAACAGUUCCCGAUAUUUUGCCACAUCAACGCAGUUUCGAAAAACGUUACAGUCAUAUGAUACACAAACAAAUACUGGAGACGGGUGUGAACAAAGAAGCGCUCCAGCGUCAAAUCAAUGCAUAUUUCUCAUGCGGUAGCGCUAGUGGAGGCAGUGAAAGAGCCAACUCAAAUGCUGGUGAAGAAGAUGUGAACGAAAAUGUGCAAGAAGCAGAUAAAGGGGAAGGACAAAGGCGGGGAAAUAGUGAACAGGUUGAGGAAAGUAAAAGAUCACUGGAUAAAGCUGAAACGUUCGAUAUAGCAGACGUGCAUGGAGCAAAAGCAGCAGCCGAUUUGUAAAGUUUGCGAAAGCUUUUAAGUUAGCAAAAUAAUUACGAAGGAAAGAAAGGAAUUUCAAGUAAAAGCAAACAAACACAUACAUUUAUGUAAAUAUGUGUUUGCAUAUCACAAGACUUUGAACGUGUUUAACUAAGUAAGAUAUUCUAUGUAUGCUUAAAGUGCAAUUGCCACGCAAAAGUUGCUACCGAUUUUAUUGCGGAAUCAAAAAUAAUUUGCUUCAAAAGCUUAUCUUGUACUGUGUAAAAUUGAUGUGCUAUACUUUAAAAAAAUUUAAAAGCAACACAGAAAAUGCAUAAUUAAACUACUGCUGAGCUUUGCUCAUCAUUGGUUUUUGAUCUUAAUAAAAUUUAUAUAUCAUAAUUUUAA